AUGCAGGAGAAGAUUACAACAAGCAAUGGGCACGGCAUCGAGAAGUCCAGAAUCAGCUGUUGUGUUCACCCAUCUUCUGGAGAAAGCUGCUGUGUUCACCCGUCUUCCGGAGACAUCUACUGUGUUCGCCCGUCUCCCGGAGACAGCUGCUGUAUUCGCCCGUCUUCCGGAGACAGCUGCUGUAUUCGCCCGUCUUCCGGAGACAUCUACUGUGUUCGCCCGUCUCCCGGAGACAGCAGGUGUAUUCGCCCGUCUUCCGGAGACAGCUGCUGUAUUCGCCCGUCUUCCGGAGACAUCUACUGUGUUCGCCCGUCUCCCGGAGACAGCUGCUGUAUUCGCCCGUCUUCCGGAGACAUCUGCUGUGUUCGCCCGUCUCCCAGAGACAGCUGCUGUGUUCACCCGUCUCCUGAAGACACUGUGUGA